AUCUCCCUGGGUUUGAGGACAGAUACGUCAGGUUGCUUCUUGCACUCCGGAUCACAAAGCUGCAAGAGUGUUUUUGGCUUAUACGCACAAAGCAAGAGAAGCAGAGAUCUGUGCAUCCUAGGCUCAGAGAGUUUAAACCUCACCCAAAGCACGGCAGCUACAGAGGACCAUGGCAUUUGCAGGGAUGCUGAGCGACGAGGACAUCAGGGCUGCGGUCCAGGCUUGUCAAGCUCCAGGGACAUUUGACUUCAAGUUGUUCUUUGCACAAGUGGGACUGACCGGCUCAUCUGACACAGAUGGGAGAAAAGUGUUCACAGUACUGGACCAAGACAGGAGUGGCUACAUUGAGGAGGAGGAGCUCAAACUGUUCCUUCAGAAUUUCUGUCCGGGGGCGAGGGAGCUGACUGUGGCUGAGACCAAGACUCUGAUGGCUGCAGCCGAUAAGGAUGGUGAUGGCAAGAUUGGGAUGGAAGAGUUCUGUGAUAUCCUGAAAUAAAGAGAAUAAACAUCUUUGACCACGACUGUCUUUCCCUAUUUUAAGAUAACAGGUUUCUAAUGGAAAUCCUGAUUUUCUAUAUUGUUUGAUGCAAAGACAAGAAACUUCCUAUAUUCUCUACCUGCCUGCUGCUCUUUCCUUUUGAUGUGAUACAAUAAUGCCCAAGACGUGGACACAUGGUUAAAGAUGGAUAUUAGUCGUGUGUGUGUGUAAUCAAUCAGGCACCUGGAAUGGGUUAAUAAAUGUGUUUAAG